AGCAGCGAAUCAGCCAAGAACAGGUUGCUAUUUUCACGCAGUAGCAACAUUAACAGCAACACAUUUUGUAUACUCUUUACAUAAAAAAAACCGACAAGCAGCUAGAUUUAUAAGGAAAAAAAAUAAUAUUUAUUUAGUCAUGAAACGAUUAAGUGCAGUUUUGUUUAUCGUACUUAUACAUGCCAUCUCUUUGUUCGCCAAUGACAACGAAUUGGACUUAGAAAAAGUUAAGGACAAAAUAAAGGAAAUUGACAUCGAUAAAAUUAAGGCACAAUUACCUGAAGGCGUCAAAAUCCCACCGGAACUGCUAAACGCUUCGCUCCCAUCUGUCGAGGAAACAACGAAAAUCCUGAAGGAAAAAUGCAUCAAGGUGUCCGGAAGUGAUGCCGCCUACGAAGAAGCCGCUCAGGGAGGCAUGAAACUCAACGAAUGUAUUACAGGAUUAGUGGAUGUUUCCGUGUUGCAGGAGGAGAUUGAAAAAGCGACGCCAACUGGUGACUUGGACACCGUUUUCAACAAAUAUUGCCGAAAACGUGACACCGCAAUUGCUUGUGUCACCAACUUCACCGAAACCAUCGAUCCUUGCCUCGAACCUCAAGAACGUGAAAACAAAAAGAUCAUGAUUGACAUCUUCACGAGUUUGGUUAAUUUUGUGUGUCACAAGGAUGGCGAUCAAAUUGCCUUAUUCAUCUCAGAAAAAGGUCCCGAAUGCUUCAAAGAAAAACAAGGAGAAGUUCUCGAUUGUGUCAAUUCCACCUUCAAAGGUUACAUGCCAGCUGAAACUCCCCAAACGAUCGACGACUUGCCGAUUUUAACGUUUGGCGAAAAGGAAUGCAGCGACAUGUCAAAGUUACAAAAGUGCGUCGUUCACGUUCUCGAGGAUUGCCAAGAGUCUACGCCCGCUAAUCUCGUCGAUGCCAUGUUCCGAUUUGUCCGUAACAAGACACCGUGCGUAAAUAUGACGUCGAAAGCGGAUAAACUCAGCGAAGAUAAUGACACGGGAUCCAGUGUGACAUUCACGUCGUCUGUCGUGGUGAUUGCCGUCGCGUCAGUUUUUGCGAUGUUUGCGUAAAAGAUUUUUUUAUGAAAAUUUGUGUGAUUGACAGAAUUCUUCCUUUUCUAUUUUUUUCUGUGUCGUUAAGUCUCUAAAUGUUUUUUAUAUGAAUAUGAUAUAACCAAUGAACUCUGUCAGGACUAUCGGUGUCGUUUUUUCUAUAAAAUUUUUUAAAUGUAUUUCAGUGAAAUAUAAAAAUAAUUUUUCUAAACAUAUCGACCUCAA